CCCCCUACACACAUCUUGAGUCUCUUGAUAAAGGAGCACCAGAGAAUAACAAGGCAAUGGCGGUUAAGUCAAUUCUCGCGCUUUCUCUGUUAUGUAACGCAGUAUUGCUUGUGCAUGGACAUGGUUACAUGAUCGAACCAGCCGCCAGGAACGCCUGCUAUAUGAAGUUUCCUAACCAAUGCGUCCGUAAUUACAACGCCAACGAGCAGUUUUGCGGCGGGCGCGCGACCCAGAUUGCGAAUGGUAACAAGUGCGGAGUGUGCGGAGAUAGCUACAGCAACCCCAGUCCUCCGCAUGUCUACCCCGGCAAGUACGCGACGGGAUUCAUAACCCAGACCUACACUCAGGGGCAGAUCAUCUCCGUCAAGAUCCACAUUACAGCUAAUCAUCAAGGCUGGUUUGAAUACCGAAUCGGCAAGAUAGGAACCCCACCCAUCACCCAAAGCAAACUAACCCAACUUCUAGCCUCCGCUGAAGGUCAGACUAGGUUUCCCUUGACCGGGUCUGGUUCCAGCUAUGAGACGCAAACGCUUGUGCUCCCCGCUGACUUGACGUGUGACCACUGCGUCAUACAAUGGUGGUGGAAAGUGGGUAACACAUGGGGCUGCGAGAAUGGAAAGUGCGGAAAUGGACUUGGGCCGCAGGAAACCUUUGUCAACUGCGCUGAUGUGAAGAUCUUACCCGGAAAUGGCGUUGUCCCAACCCAAGCCCCACGACCACCAACGACACAGACACCCCCUACAAAAGCCCCGACCGACCCACCUGUCCCACCGACCAACCCUCCAGUCCCACCGACCAACCCUCCAGCGCCACCGACAAACCCUCCAAAGCCCGGCACGUGCAAGGCUUCCGGUGCAUGGAGUGGUAAUGCCAACAUGGAUAAUUGGUGUGAGGUGAAUUGCGCACAAAGGAACUGCCCAGCUUCUCAUUGCGUCUGUAAUUAAAGCUGUGAUGUCAUUCAAAGAAAUAAAGCAAACAGUUGAUACCUA